UUCGCAUGUCAUUUGCUGUCUUGUCUUCAUUUUUGAUUGCAGAACACUGAGGCAACAGUGAUGGCAGGCACGACUGCUUUGCCACUUCAGCAAUUAAUUGCUUCACUGGACAACUCUUGUCUGCCAAAAAUUCUACAAGUUUGCUCUGGAGUGUAUUUCCAAGGUUCUAUAUAUGAAAUUUCUGGAAGUGAAGUGUGCUUUUCUACUGGGGAUCUAAUAAAGGUCCUUAACAUUGAGCUCCUAUCCGUUCACUGUGACGACAUCAGCAACAAUGAGCAGUUUGAGCUGCCCAUCACCCACACAGGUUUAUUCAAAGUUGUUCCAGAGGAGAUGCCAUACAGUAGUAUCGAGGAGAUGGUGAGCCUGAGGCCUGUGGGCCUGGAAUCCUGCCUUCCCUUCACUUUUACCAACAACUUCAAGAUAACCAUUGGCAAUUUCACACUGGGAGCCGGCAGAGCUCUAACAGUGCUCUCCAUUGAGCGGCAUGAGGGUGAGGAGGAUUAUGUGCGCUGCAAUGUUCAAGGACAAGAGGAAGCCUCAGCGGAAGUGUGCAUCCCAUUUUCUUCCCAAGGAGAGUUCAGGGAGUGUGAAAGCGAGGAGUGCUUCACUCUGCAGGAGAUCAUGUCCUCGCCCUGCCUGCGUAGUCGAAAGUUUCAUUUGAUCAACACCACCAAGGGUGAACGAACCCUGGUCCUCAGUCCGAUAUACCAGGUCCACGCCAUCAUGAACUUGAGGAAGAAUGUGUUGAAGUUUCCCUCCAGCUUAGAGGUGGAAGUGAUCGAUGUCACUGAGACGUGUAAGGAUGUACAUUUUGUGACCCCGCUCAGUCUGACGGAGGUCCAUGCCCAGCCAGAUAACUCCUUCCCUACAGUAGUAGAGAUAUUGGAAGGAGCAGAGACCAACUCUCUGUUUAAGUGCAGCUGGCUACCAAAGCUUAGUACAGGCAGCCAGCUGAUUUUCCACAAGGUAGGAACCUCAGCAAUGGUUUUAUUAUCCAACCUGAAGAGCCGAAGGGCACAGCAGUACUUCCUGGCAUCUCAGCAAUAUGGUGGACGAUUACGUAGGCGGCCAAGAGAGUUUAAUUCCGUGUAUGAGCUGUAUGUUGCGUCAAUCCAUGCACCAGGCCUGAAGGUCAGCGUAACAAGGAGCUGUGAGGGAGUUGAGGAGGAGGGCCUGCCUGCCCUCAGUGUGGGUGAACAGCUGGAGGUUGUUCGCUGCGAAAGGAUGGAGUUGCCUUGUGAAAGCAGCAAGGGACAGAAGCAGUCCGUCGAGGCUCUUUUGUGUCAGCGUCUCCAAGAGCCAGAUGAUGAUGAGGAUGAUGAUGAAGAGGAGGUCAAGCAGCAGGAUGAGACAGAGGUUAUUCUCAUGCCUCUGUACAUGCAGGGCACCUUUGUGGAGGUACUCACUGAUAACAAGAAGUACAGACUCAGGGACUUGAGUAAAGAGUUUAGUUUGCCGCUGGAUGUUAAAGUAGUGAGCCGGGAUACUGAACUCGAGACUGAUCCACUAGUUGGAUUUCCAAGUCUCAGAAUAGAGGGGGCUAUGCUAGAGCCCACCAUCCAGGCGAGCUUUCCACAAAAGCCAGACCACUGUUUUGAGAUCCCAACCCGGUGGCUUUCUAUGUCUGUCUUUUUCACCAAGGACCCCCUCCCAUGGCCCAACGGUCAACCACCUAAAUGCCAUGUGGACAGAAUUACCGAGGUGACAAACACAUUCUUUUAUGAAUUUAGCAAAAUCGGCAACUCAGAUGCAGCUCCACCACCUCGACCACCAAAGCGAAAUCUUUCGUCUUCAAAGUCUUCAAAAAAAUCAUCAAAAUCCUCGGGGAAGUCAUCCAAAGCAGGCAAAUCCAAGAAUGCACCAGACAAAAGCAUUCCAACCAAGGAGUUAGCAGACUUGACUUUAAACAGCAAAAAAAGGCCCCCAGCUCCCCCACCUCCGUCUAUCUUGGAUGAUCAACCUCCACCAGUCAUACCCCGAAAGCACACAGCGGCUGAAAUGACAACAGGCAAGGCUCUGCCAAACACUUAUGUGGAAAGGAACAAAAAAGUGCCGCUGGAUGCAGCAGAUGUUGCAGCAGAUGUGGAAAGUGACCAUGACUAUGAAACUGUGGACGAAACUUUUACAACGAUGAUGAAGAAAGCACAAGAGAACAUCAUGUUUUACUAAAUAUUACAACAACAGCUAAAUACCCCAUAUGGGCGGCAGGCCCCCUUAUCUUGAAUAAUAUAAUGGCAAUGUACAACGGCAUAGAUUUAUAUGCUGAGACUUUGCAGUCAAACUGGUCCUAAGUUUUGUGAUUUCAUUUCAUGCUAAAAAUAAUUAGUUUAUCAAAAGGCUAGAUUUUUCAGUUCAGUAGUAAAGGUCCCAUGACAUGGUACUCUUUGGUUGCUUUUAUAUAGACCUUAGUGGUCCCCUAAUACUAUACCUGAAGUCUCUUUCCCAAAAUUCUGCCAUGGUGCAGAACUGGUGGCCUUGACCAACUGCCACUUUGCUCGUUUGAAAGCCAUGAUGUUACUCUUUCACGGG